AUGCCACUGUCUGCCUUCAAGAACAGCAUCCCUAACCCUGAGGAUCGUCCUAUCUUUGCCGCUGUCAAGGAAGGGUCCAUAGCGGACGUUCGGAAGGUGUUCGAAGCCAACAAGGACCGAGUGCCUUUAGCAUUAGAUCGCGACUCGAAGACUGUCCUUCAUAUCGCUGCCAGCCUGGGUAGGGCAGUGCUGAUCCCUAUGAUACUAGAGCGAGGUGUAGAUGUGAAUACCCGGGAUAAGGACGGUUGGACUGCCCUUCAUCAUGCUGCCUUCGUCAACCAACUGGAUGCGAUCCAUGCUCUGUUGAAACAUGGUGCAGAUGUUCAUAGACAAAAUAACCAUGGACGAACCCCAGUUCAUAUAGCCUCCGAAUGGGAGAAUAUUGAAGUCCUCGAGACAUUGUUAGAAACUGGUGGUCCCGUUUGUAUGACCAUCGCUGAUGAGCUUGGCCGCACCCCUAUGGAAUACGCUACACCAGAGACGAGGAAAACCUUGAUGAAAUACGUGGUGAAGUUCUCUAAUGUGCCCAAUGCAGGGACUUUCGAUAUGAACAAGCUGCUGUUAAAAGCGGCUCAGACCGGCAACAUCCAGGCCAUUGCGAACCUGAUAGACCCGGUCGAUAAGAAUAUGCCCUGUGUUAGUGUGAAUGAUGCUAUUGAUAAAGAUGGGUGGACGCCCCUACACCAUGCUGCGUUCAUGAAUCAUGUUGAUGUAGUGCGCUAUCUCCUCGAGAAGGGUGCUAAUCCUAAAAUGCCCAACAAAUUCGGUCGUACUGUGAUACACAUAGCGGCAGAAUGGGAGAAUGAGGAUGCCAUGGCUCUGGUAGCUUUUGACGGGCUUGUAGUGACUCGUAGACUCGGAGGAGGUCAGAUUCUGGACUUCAUCGGGAAGGAGGCUAGCUCAUUGGUUCUGCAGCCGGAUGCGAGUGGAAGGAUUGCUAUUGAGUACGCGGCUAAUGAUACUAUUAAGGAGUUGUUGAAGGCUAAGGCGAUAGUCACAGAAGAAUCGAUUGAAGAAGAGCCCGUGGCAACUACGAAAGGACGAAAGAGUUUGGAAGAAACUGAGUGGCAGAGUUGGGAGGUCGACCCUGCUCAGCUGGUCAUUGAGGAGAAGGUGGGGAGUGGCAUCACCGCUGAUGUCUUCCGCGGCACAUGGAGGGGUACCGAUGUCGCUAUCAAGAAGAUCAAUUGGGACCCGAGGGAAUUCGACUCGACAGUGGCGGCCUUCCAUCGAGAGCUGAUGAUAAUGGCGAAGUGUCGUCACCCAAACCUCGUGUUAUUCAUGGGAGCUGCUACGAAGAGCGCGCCCUUGAUGAUGGUAUGCGAGUUCUGUGAAGGAGGGACCCUAUUUGACCUUGCGCACAACAAACUUCAUAUUGACAUCUCGUGGCGGCAACGACUGAAGAUGAUGCUGGAUAUCGCUAAAGGGUUGAAUUAUCUGCAUACGUGUGAUCCUCCCAUUAUCCAUCGAGACCUGAAAUCAUUGAAUCUCCUUCUCGUGGAGAGGGUCGAGGAUGAGUACGACGCUCCUAUCGUUAAGGUGGCUGACUUUGGCCUGUCUAAGCUGAAGGCAUCGGCAACGCAGAAUAUGACCGCUAAUGCUGGAACAUACCAUUGGAUGGCCCCGGAGGUGCUGGAUGGACAGUCUUAUGAUGAGAAGGUUGACAGCUAUAGUUUUGCUAUUGUCAUGUAUGAGAUACUGUGUCGAAUAAUUCCCUAUGAAGAUACGGGUAGAAGCUAUCUACUUGUUAGUAUGAGGUAUUCGGGUAUACUGUUCAGGGCACCACGUGGCUGUCCUCCGCAGUUCAUUGCGCUGAUGGAAAAAUGCUGGGCUGCCAGGCCUGAGGAUCGGCCCGGAUUCGAAUCAAUCAUUCGAAGUUUGAAAAAGGUCAAGAUUGCCUCUUGA